GGAGGUGUAAUGCAUCCUUGGAAGAGUGCCGCAGUCAUUAGUGCAAUCACUCUCGGAUUCUUAGGCCUGAUCGCGUUUGUGCUCUUGGAAAUAUACGCUCCUCUCCGCGAACCGUUCAUUCCUAUGUAUCUCUUCGCCAACUUCCAGUCGACUGCUUCGGUCAUCCUUCUAGGCCUUGGUGCUGGAGUAUACUGUGCUUUCUCUAUCGUCUGGCCGGUCCAGGUUGCUAUGCUUUACGGCAAUUCAGAUGAUUCUAUGUACGCCGGGUAUCUUUCAUGCUUGAAGGACGUUGGUGUAGCCGGAGGUACCGGAGGUACCGUAGGCACUGUUCGAGCAGGUCUCUGCGCCGUUCUCAUAGCCAUCUACGUGACUGUUUUCACUAAUCGUCUCACCACCACCGUAUCGAAAGAGGUUCCACCUGCUUUGAUUGCUGCAGGGCUACCAGCCACUUCAAUCGCGGACUUCUUGACAGCCUUUACGACUGGUGCGACGGAUCUCCUGAUGAUAGUUCCUGGCGACACUGCGAGUGUGAUUGCUGCUGGAUCGGCAAGCUAUAAGCAGGCCAAUGCGGAUGCGUACCGUACUGUAUACUUGACCACGAUUGCCUUCUCAAGUACUGCU